AUGGCCGAGGAGAAGGCCUUUCGCUACGGGUUCAUCGUGCUGGGGUUCUUCCUGGUGAUGACAGGGAUGUUCAUCAUGAGCGUGGAGAAGCCCCAGAUCUACAUCACCUUCUGCGCCCUGGGUGUUCUGCUUGUAGCGGUGGGCGUCACCUGGAGCAUGUGCCAGUGCUACCCGAAGAUAACGUUUGUCCCUGCGGACAUUGAGGCCGAGCGGUACCUGGAUCACAAACCCAUCAUGCUGCCGGAGAAGGACACCCGCUUGAUUACCCUCUGCCCCAACCAAGAGGCCACCAACACCUACGAGAAAAGCCUGCCAUCCUAUGAGCAGAUCCAGAGGCAGGCGGUGGACUCGGCCUUUCCUCCACCUGUGGCCCAGCCUGGCCCUGGCAGUGGCUCCCAGCCGGCCAUGCAGGCAACAGCAGAGGUCCACCGGGAGCUGGGGGCUGCUGGGGACCACCCUCGAGAGACGGUGCCUCGGCUGGAAGCAUCAGCAGGCAACUGCUCCCCCCGACCAGCCCCGAGGACCGCACCACUGGCAUCCCUACUGGAGGACAUGGACACGCCAUCGCUGGAGGGGUCUGUACCCGGCAGCCCCGUGCCACAGGGCCGACCCUCCCCGUCAUCUGCCGCCCGCUCCAGCUGCACCCCGACCAGCUCGCCGGCGGGGAAAGAGCACCCUCGAAAAGGCACCAGGGAGGAGGAUGACCUCUAUUAUGGGCUCCAAGAGGGGCCAGACUCUCUGCUUGAGGAUAGUGACCGCCUUUUUGAGCCUGAAAACUGA